CUUAUCCAUUUGGUAUGGGUAGACUUAACUAGAGAGAGAGAUCUACUCUGAAUGGGUGAACUUAAUUAAAAGAAGAGAGUGAGAGAGAGAGAGAGAGAGAGAGUACAGUAUAGAAGCCAUUACAUCAGGAAAACACCAAAUUUCCAUUAGGAAUAAGAGUCCAGGAAGUGUUAGUCCCUGAAGAAAAGAGCAGUAUUCUCAGUUGAAGUCAAACUUAGUCAUGAGCAUUUCUCAGCUGGCCUCCUCUUCAUGUAUCUUGAACACAAAGGCUCUUAUGGGGGAGAGAGGGAGAGGGAGAGUGAGAAUGAUGGCUGAAACGAGAAGCAAAAACAUGAGUAAAGAGUACGGGGGACAAUGGCUAAGCAGUGUAACACGGCAUGUUAGGAUCUAUGCUGCAUACAUAGACCCUGUAACCUAUGCCUUUGAUCAAACACAGAUGGACAAGCUCACCCUCCUCCUUGACCCCUCCAAUGAGUUUGUGUGGACUAAAGAGACUUGCAACAAGGUCUAUGCCUAUUUUCAGGAGCUAGUCGACCACUAUGAGGGUGCACCUUUGACAGAGUACACGCUUCGAUUGAUAGGGUCAGACAUUGAACACUACAUAAGGAAGAUGUUGUAUGAUGGAGAGAUUAAAUAUAACAUGAAGGCCAAAACCCUAAACUUCAGCAUGGGGAAGCCUAGAGUUCUAAUGAACCCCCAACAAGCUGCCAUUGAAAAAGAGUCGGUUAAAGAAUCAUCAAAGGUGUAAACAAGAUCUCUCUCUGUCCCUCAUUUCAGAAACAAUUAUUGGAUUGAAGUUGUAUACACUCGACUACAUAAAACCAAGCCAAUCCUUUAUAUCAAUCUUUCCUAGGGCAUGAUGUAUUGGAUCGAUAGUAUUGUUCUUAGGUAGGGUUUAGGUGAAUCCCAAAUGCACUUACGGAAUGUAUGUCAAUAGGGAUGACAGGCCACUACCUGUUUUUUCAAAUAGUUUGGGAGUUCGUUUUUUUUCAAAGCGGUAGUGGGGUGAUGUCAGAGGGAAGGAUUCAAAACUUUAUAGGUCAAAAUCUUGGCUAUCGUUAUUAUCAGAAAAAAAAAAUUAAAAAUUAAAAAAAAAGAAAGAGGCAGAUUUUUGUGCUUAAAAGUGGUCUAUCUUGCAUUUGUAUUUUGGACCCAUCAUUUCUAUUACUUGAAGAUCAAAUCUAUACCAUUUUAGAGCUCCAAA